GCCGCUCCCUAAGUGGCGGUGGCCAUCGCAUUCUCCUCCGAUUUAAUCAACGUUCACUUUCUUCCCCUAACAUUAUUUUGCCGCCGGGAAAAUGACACGGUUUUGUAUCAUAUACGAAUCCGACGCAAGAAUUCCCGACAAGAAGCAGCUGCUGACCUCCCCACUGGCUCUCUUGUUCUUCCUCCUGUCUGGCCGGCCAUGUCCGUGACCAUCCCCCGUCGCCAGCUCUUCAUCGAUGGCGAAUGGAGAGAACCACUCCACCAGAAGCGUAUCCCUAUCAUCAACCCCGCCACAGAAGAUACCAUAGGGGACAUACCCGCGGGGACCGCGCAAGAUGUGGAGCUGGCCGUGGCCGCCGCUCGGAGGGCUCUCACUCGAAACAGGGGAAGGGACUGGCCGCGUGCUUCUGCCUCCCUUCGUGCUAAAUACCUCCGCGCAAUCGCUGAUAAGGUAAUGGAGAGAAAGUCUGAGUUGGCCACGCUUGAGGCCCUUGACUGUGGAAAACCAUUGGAAGAAGCAGCAGGGGAUGUGGGUGCGGUUGCCGGGUGUUUCAAAUACUAUGCUGACCUUGCAGAAGCUUUAGAUGAGAAACGAACUGUGCUUUCUAUGCACACAUUUAAGAGCCAUGUUGUUAAGGAACCGAUUGGUGUUGUUGGUUUGAUCACUCCUUGGAACUAUCCACUUCUAAUGGCUGCUUGGAAAGUUGCUCCUGCUUUGGCUGCUGGAUGUGCGGCUGUGUUAAAGCCAUCAGAAUUGGCAUCAGUCACUUGUCUGGAGUUUGCUGAACUAUGUAAAGAAGCAGGACUUCCUCCUGGGGUCUUAAAUAUAGUGACUGGUUUUGGUACAGAAGCUGGUGCUCCUUUGGCAUCCCAUUCUCACGUUGACAAGGUUGCAUUUACUGGUAGCACUGAAACUGGUAGAAAGGUCAUGACUGCUGCUGCUGAAGCUGUUAAGCCCGUUUCUAUGGAGCUUGUUGGAAAAAGUCCGAUUCUUGUAUUUGAAGAUGUGGACAUUGACAAAGCUGUUGAAUGGACUCUGUAUGGUUGCUUUUUCACCAAUGGUCAAAUAUGCAGUGCGACAUCUCACCUUCUUGUUCAUGACACCAUCGCAAAGGAAUUUGUGGAGAAACUUGUUAGUAGGGCCAAUAGCAUAAAAAUAUCAGAUCCAUUGGAAGAAGGUUGCAGGCUUGGUCCUAUUGUCAGUGAAAAUCAGUAUAAAAGGGUAAUCAAAUAUAUUUCUACCGCCAAGGAAGAAGGUGCAACUAUUUUAUGUGGUGGUGGUCGACCACAGCAUUUAAAGAAAGGGUUCUAUAUUGCGCCAACCAUCAUAACAGACAUUGAUACCUCCAUGCAAAUCUGGAGGGAGGAGAUUUUCGGACCUGUUCUAUGUCUGAAAACAUUUAUAACUGAAGAUGAAGCCAUCAAGCUUGCUAAUGAUACACAUUAUGGCUUAGCCGGUGCUGUGCUUUCCAUGGAUCUGGAACGUUGUAAAAGAAUUACAGAGGAAAUUCAAGCAGGGAUUACGUGGGUGAAUUGCUCACAGCCAUGCUUCCUUCAGGCUCCAUGGGGUGGAAGAAAAAAUAGUGGCUUUGGGCGUGAUCUUGGAGAAUGGGGACUCGAUAACUUUUUAAACGUGAAGCAGGUGACUGAGUAUGUUUCAGAGGAUCAAUGGGGGUGGUACCAUCCACCGAAGCUAUAAAACUUGGACCAGAAAUGGGCUGUUCAAACAGGUAGCAUCAGUGUGUAUAUCUUUAUAAGAUGGGGACCAUGCAUUAGAAAUAAGGAUUUCAGCAUCCAUGUUAUGAUUUUUAAGUUCUCGCUGUUCUUAUUGUCAUCUAGAACUUGCAUUGAGAAUAAAAGCCAAUGGAAUUAUAAUUAUUUUAAUUUUUCUGAGGAAGAAUUAUGAUGUUGUUCUUAUCUACUGGAAAUUAAUUCAAAUUUACUUACAUUAUCUCGGUGGAAUAGA